AACUUUUUUCCCCAUAAGUUUUGGUCUUCGUCGUACCCAAUUUAUUUCUCUCUACCCGUUUUUUCUCUUAUUUCAAAAAAAAAUGUCUCCCUCGUUUUGCUCCGGCCGAUGCACCGCCGCGCUCUUCCUCGUUAUCUCCGCCGUUCCAAUAGCUUACCUCAUCUCCUUAGAGCUAGCCGUUCCUUCUACACACGUCUUCUCUUACCAAAGCUCCGGCUUCUUCCGAGAGUGCGCCAAGUGGGACGAUGUUGGUCGGAGAUUCCUUGUCUCCUUCAUGGACGGUGGCGGAGUCGGCGAGAUUGUUCCUAAAGACUCCGACGACGUUCUUGAAGAAGUCACUUUGGUCAAAGACGUUGACCUCGCCGGUAACGCUUCCCUAGGAAUCGCUAUCGACCACGUCAGAAACCGUCUCCUUGUCGCCGUCGCCGACUUGCUUGGAAAUCGUUAUAGUGCUUUAGCUGCUUAUGAUUUGUCCACGUGGCGUCGUCUCUUCCUCGCCGAACUUAGUGGUCAGAGUAAAGAGAAAACAUUUGCAGACGAUGUAGCUGUAGAUGAACAAGGCAAUGCUUAUGUGACUGAUGCAAAAGCUAGUAAAAUAUGGAAAGUUGAUGUUAAUGGGAAGCUUGUGAACACUAUUACAAGUCCUCUCUUUACACCACCUGGAUGGUACAAUAACCUUGUUGCUCUUAACGGCAUUGUUUAUCACCCCGACGGCUUUCUUAUCGUUAUCCAUACUUUCUCUGGUUACUUAUACAAAAUUGACUUAACCAAUGGGGAUGUUAGUAAUCAAGUUAGUGUCAUUGAUGUUUCUGGUGGUACAUUGAGGUUUGGAGAUGGGCUUGAGUUGUUGUCUCCAACCAAGAUUGUUGUUGCAGGUAGCUCGUCUACAAAACUGGUUGAGAGUUCAGAUGGGUGGAGAACCGCUUCGGUGACGGGUUGGUUCAGCAGCGGUAUGGUUCAUCGGGUAGUCUCGUCGGCUACAGUGAAGGAAGGAAGAGUUUAUUUAAACCAUAUUGUUGGAUUUGGGUCUAAAAAGAAACACGUACUUGUAGAAGCUGUGUUUUAGAGUCUUCUUAGUUAUAAAUCGCUUCUUAAAUUGUGCUAAUGAUCUCGGUAUGAUUCUAUUGAGAUCUGAUGUAAAACUUUUUUUAUCAUGUUUUAUGUUGAUUUUUCAUUAUGAUCUUACGUGUUGAAAUUUAACAUAUAUAUAUUGUGUACAUAGAUUAGUU